CGAUCGAAGCCGCUCUCGCACCUCCCCCGACCCACCCGCACGCCCUCUUUUUGCGACACCCUCCGCCGCGCUGCUGCCAACCCGCGCCGCCCCCCUCGCCCAGCGCCGCCGCUCGCCGCAGCGUGCAACUCUGCCUCCCCAACGCGCGCGGGUCGCCGGAUCUCCGCGUGAGAUCGACGGCCCACCUCGCCGCUGCCCUGCUAUCUAUGCGCCGUACCCUCGCCCCCGGCCCCCUACUUCACCGCCGCAGCCGCCGCCUACCCCCGCGUCGUACGUCGCCGCUCCGUCCCCGGCCGCCGGUCCGCGCCGUCCCCGGCAGAUCCGCGCCGUUCUCGCCGUGCCGCCACUCUGUCCCUGACGGAUCCAAGUCCCCGGCGCUCCUCGGCGCCCUCCUCGCCCGACCACCGCGCCGUCCCGACUGCCGAUCUAUGCUGCUCCGCGGGUCCGCCAGGUCGGUCGCCUCCCACGGCAGCAGGCUGGCCUUCGUCGUGCUGCGCCAGGGCAUGGACACGGUGCAGUGCGUGGUCCACGCCGGCGGAGACGACAGCCCUGGCGUCAGCCCAGGGAUGGUGCGCUUCGCCGCCUCCCUCGCCGCGGAGUCGGUCGUCGACGUCGAGGGCGUCGUCGCCACGCCCCGCGCCCCCGUGCUCCGGGCCACCGCUCGGCAUGUCGAGGUCCGCGUCAGGACGAUCCGCUGCGUCGCCAGGCCGGCUAGCCCGGGCCUCCCGUUCAGCCAGCCUCGACGACGCGACGGCGGCAGCGGAGGCGGUGGAGCUCGAGGGCCAUGGAGCCGGAAGACCCCGCGUGGACCAGGACACCCGCCUCAACUACAGGGCGCUCGAACUGCGAACGCCCGCGAACCAGGCGAUAAUCCCUGUGCCAAGUUGAGAACAGGAUCGACAUCACGGAGAUAAGAAAUCAUCCCAGUUUCAGGGAGAACCACCCGGCUGACCUAAUGGAGCAUUGGACGACAACACAGUGUGUGACCGGUAUGAGGAGCCAUGGAUGAGAUAUGCAUAUUUUAUAUUGGCUGAGCCGAUCACACUAGCAAACAUAUCUUUUUAUACAUAGAAAUAUUUUUAUUCAGUUUAUUUUAGUAUCAUCAAGCAUCUCUCAACUAUGUGAUUGUUUCAUCUGAUUCACUUGUUUGUUUUUUAGGAAUCAUUUGAUUCAAAAUUCACUUUUUUUUACUGACAAAGAUGAAGACUGAACACAGGCAAGAAAUAUAUAUGU